AUGUACUCUACAAAUUCCCAGUUCCAGCCCUCGGCUUCCUACCUCAGCCAGAACCACCACCAGGACGCGAACACGAACACACACGGCUACAACCCUUACAGCCCCGCGAGCACAGUCACAGGCAUGCCGCGUCCCUCAGGUCCCUCUCACUCGAUGUCCAACUCUCAGAUCGGGUUCUCUGUUGCUGGGAUGUCGAGCUCGACGAGCGGACAUCAUCAUGGAGGCAUCUCCUCGUGGAGUGUUGGGCCAGGGCAGGGUUUGGGAAGCUCGAUGAACGAGGGGUUCGGACAGUCGAGAUCGCAUUAUCAGCCUGGCUAUCUUAUGGCGCUCCAUGUCACAAAAUACCCUCAGGGCGGACGAGUUGACGAGCUGCCGAUUGUGCAGACAAAGGCGAAGAUGACCAACACGUUGAAGAGGAACACGACGUCUGAGUUCGGGAAGGAUCCCAUGUUCGAGAGUUCGAGGCGCCACCCAACGCUGGACGAGGACGCACCUCCGAUGGUAUCCGUGAACGACAUUGUAAACGCCACAUAUCCCGACAAACCUUCAACGCUCCCAUCACGAAGAUUCGACCCGCACGCAUCUACACACCGUUCAACCUCCCACUCCCACUCCCAGUCUCAAGCCAGAGCUCCCAGCCUCGCCACCGAACCCAUCUACGUGAUCGUCUUUGGCUACCCCGCUGAUAGAUACAGCGUCACCGCCGAAUAUUUCAAGCAUUUUGGGGACUGCACCGACGCGGACCCUAACACGGAAAUCAUCAACUGUUUCAGGAUCGGGUACAGGAACCCCGCGGACGCGAUGCGGGCGGUGCGAAAGAACGGGGAGGUCAUCGGUGGGAGCUGGAUGGUCGGGGUCAAGUAUGCCGAUCCCGUAAAAGCAGAAUCCCUCCUCGGCUCCUCCUUCCGCGCCACCUCCGCCCUCGACCUAACCCUCUCCUCAUCCCCCUCCAACGCUCUCCUCCCCUCCAACACCGGUGGCGCUGGCGGUGACGGCGAUGACCCCAUGUCCAUCGACGACCUCCCCCCCUUCCCACCCAACCGCUCCCCAUCCCUCCGUCAACCCCAGUCCCCCACGUCACCCGCGCCCAGAUUGGGCACCCCACUCAAACUCGCGCCUGCUGCUUCUGCGUUCAAGAAAUCUGCGGCGGGGGGAGCAGCGGGAGGUGCGGCGGGUGGGUUGCCGGGGUCGUUGGCGCUGAUGCCUAGUGCUGUGAGGCCGAUUGUGAGUGCGGGUGGUGGAGGCGGAGGGGGGACGCCAGGGAAGGGUGUUUUUGGGCAGGUUUCGGAUUUGAUAUUUGGGUGGUAG